CACAGAAAUGCCUUGGGAUAAGAACAACAAUGGCUUCCGAGCAAGCGCGAAGAGAGAACAGCACUGGCGAGAGAGGAGUUGGCGUAGAGAAAGACAGCGAUCCCAAGGUGGUGAUUCGCUUCGAGUCUUUGGCUGAUAAAGUGAAGAAUGAGAAAGAGAGAGAUGAGGAGACUAAGGAACAGAAGGAGAAGCAUGAUCUUCAUGGAAGAAGUGGGAAUAUAGUCGGGGACAAAGAGAGUGAAGCUAGAGAAGGAAGUAAAGACUACACUGUGGGAAAGAUUGAAAUAAACACCCGGGAAGAGAAUGCUGCAGGGAAGGCUAAAGGCGGAAGCGCCAACGUAACAAGCAAAGAAGAGAGUCGCGAGGAGACAGGCGGCGCAGAGAUGAGAAGGAACGAAGAGGUUAAUGAGAGAAAGGAACAGCCUUCUCUAGAAGAAAUUUCCAAUCUCAGAGCAAAAGCUCAAGAAAAUUCUCUGGAGACGCUCAGGGCAGCGGAGGAGCGGUAUGGCAAGGCAAAAGAAUCUGUAAGCCAGGGACUGGCUGCUGCGUCUGAAUAUGCCAAAGAUAAGGCUUCACAAGCAAAGGAUACUGUCUCAGAAACAGGUCGGGCUGCGACCGAGUAUGCCACAGAGAAGGGAGCGCAAGCAAAGGACACCGCACAGGCGAAAGACACCGUGGUAGAGAAAGGUCGGGUGGUGAAAGAUACUGCAGCAGAGAAGGCCGCACAGGCGAAACACACCGUGGCAGAGAAAGGUCGGGCGUUGAAAGACACUACAGCAGAGAAGGGUGCACAAGCCGAGGAAGUUGUCCUAGAGAAAAGUGAAACUGUAAAAGAUACUGCAACGGAGAAGGGUGCACAAGCAAAGGACACUGUUUCCAGCACAGCUGAGACAGCUGCGAGUUAUACAGCGUCGACGGCAGAGAAAGCAGGGGACUACGCUCUACAAAAGGCAGUAGAAGCGAAAGACGUGCUUGUGUAUGCAGGGGAGACCACCGUCCAUCAUGUUGGGGAGAAGACUGCGGUUGCAAAAGAGGUGGCGUUGGAAACUGGAAAGGGCGCAGUUGAUUAUGCUGGGAAAGCAGCUGUAGCUUUGAAGGAUAAGGCUACUGUGGCUGGGUGGACUGCAGGGCAUUACACAUGCGAUAAAACUGUGGAGGGAACCAAGGCAGCAGCAACAGCUGUUAAAGGAGCUGCAGAGUACGCUGGACAUAAGGCUGCUGACAUUGCAUCCAAGCCAUUGUCUGCUGCCAAGGAUGCGGCUGUAGCCGCAGGAGAGACUGCAAAGGAGUAUACGGCCAGGAAGAAAGAAGAGGCAGAGAGAGAAUUGGAGGCUAGGAGGUCAGCUGGUCAGAUGUCGUUCAGCAGGGAGACAAUACUAAAGGGGAAUGGCAGGUUGAAGAAAGGAAAACAGAAGAAGUGGUGGAACCGGAGGCCAAACCGUCUGAGAAUGUCAUUAAAGAAACCUUCCACGGAAAACAGGAACAUGGCAGUGGUAGCGGGGGCGGCCGAGGUGCGGGUACUUGAGGCCAUUGGCGAAGCUAUAGUUGAGAUCGCUCAGCAAACGAGAGCGCUUGCUAUUGGGCAAGGAAACACUGGAAUGCAAGAGGGGGUUGUCUCUGAGACUUGCCCAACUGCUGCCUAUGGCAAGCAAGAAAAACAAAAACAAGAGGGUAGUGAAAGCCAAGCUAAAUAAAUGACUUCUGAAUGUUCAUCUCGAGAGGAUGUAAUCAAGGCGCAUUUGGUCCUAUGUUGCGUGUUGUGUAUUAUUGAGGUGGUGAAUAAAUUCGAGUCCCAACUGUUUUUGUCUUA